CUCUCUGAUUUGAAACCUUUUACAAAAGGGAACAAAAUAACAAUCCAAAGUUCAACCUUUGCCAGAACCCAAAUUAAGCCUCGCCUCUCUACUUCUCCAAUCGUUUUCUCUCGAUUUGUAACCCUGGCUAAUCCUUGGUGGACCGGUCAUAUUGGCCUGGCAGGCCUCGAUCCUUCAUCGAAUUCAUCUUCUCUUAAUAAGGGAGAACUCUCCAUCAACGAAACCAGUAACAGGAGCGGCGAUGAUGAAGAUAAAGACACAGGCGAUGAACCUAAAGAGGGUGCUGUUGAAAUUGGUACUCGAAGACCCCGAGGUCGCCCUCCUGGAUCUAAAAACAAACCAAAACCACCCAUUUUUGUCACUCGCGACAGCCCUAACGCCCUGCGCAGCCAUGUCAUGGAAGUUGUUGGCGGAGCUGAUAUAGCUGAAAGCGUAGCACAGUUUGCCAGAAGGCGUCAACGGGGAGUCUGUGUACUUAGUGGCAGUGGCUCAGUGGCCAACGUAACCCUAAGACAGCCUGCAGCACCUGGAGCCGUAGUGGCACUUCAUGGAAGGUUUGAGAUCUUGUCCUUAACAGGGGCUUUUUUGCCUGGACCUGCCCCACCUGGUUCCACCGGGCUUACCGUGUACCUAGCUGGCGGACAAGGGCAAGUAGUCGGAGGAAGUGUGGUGGGCUCACUGGUAGCGGCAGGGCCAGUGAUGGUAAUUGCAGCAACAUUUGCUAAUGCCACUUAUGAAAGAUUGCCAUUAGAGGAUGACGAGGAAGCUGGUAGUGGAGGGCAGGGACAGAUCCAGGGUGGGUCUAGUAACUCACCGCCACCUAUUGGAGGCAGCGGAGGACAAGCUGGGCUGCCAGAUCCCUCUGCGAUGCCGGUUUAUAAUCUGCCGCCGAAUCUAAUCCCUAAUGGAGGUCAGUUAGGGCACGAUGCCUAUGCUUGGGCUCAUGCGCGGCCGCCUUACUAAGUAGAGGAGAUAAACAAGAGAUUUUCAAGAUCUUUCUAUUGUGUUGUACUCAAAGGUAGGGAUUAAAAUCAUAGUAGAAGAUAAAAUCAUGGUUGUGAAUGUAUAUUAAUUAAAAUUUGGUUUUACCUUUUCUCUUUUCUCCCCCUUCUGUUUGCAAUAAAAAAAAAAAAAAAAGGAUGCCUUCUGCUUUCUUAA